UAUUCUCACUCAAAGGGCGAGUUUCGUCGUCUGAUUCAGCUGCCUUCAAAUACAGAUUAGCUUUUUCAUUAAACGAGAGAAUUUGAAAAGGCGAUUAAAUACAACAGCCAUCUUGAUUAAUUAUUUAGUGCUGCGUAACACCUACACAAAAUACAACAUUCACUUUGCUUAAGGAUCAACUUAAAACUGUUCUCAAAUGUACGCAGUGUCUGACUGUCAUUCUCAGGCCUUUGGUGCAAAACCGCAGCUUCAUCAACAGUUGUACGAAAUCGAUAAACCUGAUUUUAUGUGAAUAAAAAGGCAUUCUUCAUUGAAAGAAACCACACAGGGUUGAUUCAUCACGUAUUGGUAUAGAGAAAGGGUUUGAGAAUGUGGAGAAUAAUUAACUGGCGAAAAUCCACAGCGGGCGAGUACGCAGAAGCAAGACGAGAAACAGAAGUGCGAUAUCCAGGCAUUCCAGAAAAGGCUUUCCACAUGGAGCAACGACGCAAACGAAAGCGAAAUGCAGAGCAUUUCAAUACUUUUAUUUCCGACUCCACCCUUCAUGGGCUGCAUUUCUGCUUCGACAAAAAGCAUUUGGCUCGUAGAAUUAUUUGGACAUUGAUUCUCAUUUCGGCCUUUGGUUAUGUUGGAGAAAAGAUCUAUGCAAGUCUGCUGCAAUUCUUUCAGUACCCAAUGAGCACAACAACUACUCUUGUCUAUGACGAACCACCGAUAAAACUCCCUGCAAUAUCCAUAUGUAACACAAACGAUUUCAAAAGGUCAAUCGUAGUGACAACAAAACUGGGCGACAUUUUAAGGAACAAAACAGACAACAUUACAGGAAGCGAGUAUAGCUCUCUCAUUAAACUGGGAAAUCAUCGACUUGUGGACAUGCUUGUGACUUGUAGGCAAAGUCACAAAACAUGCAAUGUUAAGGAUUUCGUUGAAUAUUGGGAUAACUCAGGCACAGUACGCUGCCAUACCUUCAAUUCCGGCAAAACCGGACCAAUAAUGACUAUUAACCGGACUGGAACCACCGAAGCGAUUGAGAUGGUUAUCAAUAUACAGCAAUAUGAUUAUAACGAUUUUGAUACAGCCGGUAUCAAACUCAUAAUUCACGGCCAAGACCAAACACCGAUCAAAACUGCCGGUUUGCUGCUCGCUCCUGGUACCGUUACAAAUAUCGAAAUUAGCAAAAGAAAGAGAGUGAAUCUCCAGCAUCCAUACAAAACUAAUUGUGGAAGUCUCAAGCUCAAAGCUUUCGAUUCAUACUCGGAGCAUCUUUGCUGGCUUGAUCAGCUGACGUCAUAUGUUGUUGACAAAUGCGGUUGUGUUGAUGCCUUCAUGCCAGGAAAACACAAGGUCUGUGACUUCAAAACAGUUGGAUGCGUUUGGAAUAAUUGGGAGAGGUUUGACAUCGAGCAAAAGUAUCAAUGCCCCAUUCCGUGCGUGGUAGAAGAGUUUAUCGCAAAACAAAGCUCUGCAAUGUUCCCAUCAAACGCCGCAGCAGAUAACCUUGCAAUAGACCUGAACCUAAGCGGAACAGCCAUGGAAAACAGACUGUUCAUCAGGGAGAAUUUUCUCAAGUUUAAGGUGUUCUUUGGAGAAUACAGCUAUGAAUUGGUUGAGCAGGUUCCAAGCUAUGACUUGAAGGUGUUACUUGGUGACAUUGGUGGCCAACUUGGUUUGUUUCUUGGUUCAAGUCUUUUGACAUAUGUCGAGUUUUUUGACUGCCUUCUUAUGAUUAUAUAUACAAAAUUUUUUGAAGUUCUUCUGCCAAGGUAACAGACCAUCACCGCACAUUCAAUUUCUAGUCCAGAAUUUGCAGACACGGGGCCACUGUUAAACUGGCGGGAAUUUAUCGCAGAUAUUCUGUAGCCCGCUCAGAAGGGCAAUUCGUUCAUGCAACCAUAGUGAUGCAACACACAACUGGUAUAUUAUGAUGUUAAAUUUGCAAUGACGUCACAUCAAAAAAUUGAAUAUUUGCAAUACUACGAGUCAAAAGUUGAAAAUUCACCAAGCUGUGUAUUGGGACCAAAUACCCACUUAAUACAGGAUUCCGGUUUUGCCUAUGCAAUUGGCACAAGUGACUGUGCCCGUGUAUUGUGCUCUCUGUCGGUUGUUUAACAUGACUGUAGACUGUUUCAAUAACUCGUAGUUAGAACACGCCUUGUAUAAACUCUGUUGUAAAUAACAAUUAGCAAUAUACUAGCUACGGCAAUGGGAUUGCUGACCCAGGUGCUAUGUUUCUAGAAAGGGACUGUCUUCCUUGUUGCAUACACCACAAGUGACUGUGCUCAUGUAUUGUGCUCUCUGUCGGUUGUUUAACAUGACUGUAGACUAUUUCAAUAACUCGUAGUUAUAACACGUCUUGUAUAAACUCCAAUGUAAAUAACAUUUAGCAAUAUACUAGCUAUGGCAAUGGGAUUGCUGACCCAGGUGCUAUGUUUCUAGAAAGGGACCGUCUCCCUUGUUGCAUACACCACUGCAUCUCGGUCUGCCAACCCACCAUUAAACUAAACCAUAGAAGCAAAGGUUUAUGGGUUUUUUCAAUUAACGUAAGAAUCCCAACGAAGUAUCUGUAAUGAUUGUCUUAUAAAUGUACAUGUAUCUUUGCAUUUUAUUUCAUAUAAAUCUUCUCGCCAAA